AUGGCGGAAGUGGCUGGAGCCGUCUUUCUCGCUCUUUAAGCAUGUUGUUGUUCUGUCCGACGUGUGGGAAUGUGCUGAUAGUGGAAGAAGGGCAGAAAUGUUACAGAUUCGCCUGUAAUACAUGUCCAUAUGUGCAUAACAUAAACCGCAAGGUCACUAGCAGAAAGUAUCCUAAACUCAAGGAAGUUGAUGAUGUUUUGGGUGGUUCCGCAGCAUGGGAAAAUGUUGACUCAACUGCAGAAAAGUGUCCAAAAUGUGAGCAUCCACGUGCCUAUUUCAUGCAGAUCCAGACCCGUUCAGCUGAUGAACCAAUGACUACAUUUUAUAAAUGUUGUAAUUUACAGUGUGGACAUAGGUGGAGAGAUUAAAUUAUUUUAUUAAGUUACUGACUAGCAUUUCAUUAUUAACUUCAAAAAGCGCAAUAAAG